AUGUUGUUUGUUGUAUUUUUGCUUAUUUUUCAAUCUUGUUAUUCAUUGAUUGAUAAAAAUAAUGAACAAUGUACAAAAGAUUCUUGUUCAUCAUUAACAUCUUCGACAUAUUAUUUGUUGUAUGAUGUUAAUCAUGGAGAAGGUUUUAAUUUACGUCGAGAUGUUUAUAUAAGAAUGGCUAAUCUUAUACAUACACUUCGUGAACGUACAUCAUCAGAAUCAAAUUGGAUACUUGUUCUUCCACCGUGGGGUCCUCUUUAUCAUUGGUUUUCUUAUAAUCUUCAACGGACUCAAUUAAAAUGGUCAAAUUUUUUUGAUAUAACAAGUCUUUCACGUUUUAUACCUGUUAUUGAAUUUGAAGAUAUUCUUCAUUUAUCAUCAUCAUCAUCAACUUCCAUGAUAACUAUUCCAUAUGUUUAUACAUUACAACAUUUUAGUGAAGGAUGGGGAGAACAUUUCGAAGAAAAAUUAGAAAUACGUAAAUGUAAUGAAGAAGCUAUGUAUAAAAAAAACGAUGAUAAUUAUUACUAUGGAUGGUUUUUUGGCUAUGAAAAUCGUGUACGUGCCAAACAAUUUCAAUGUCUAUCAGCUCAAGGUUUUAUUACUGUACUUGCAGAUUAUUUACUUAAAAAUAUAACAUGGCCACAAGAUUCAGAUGAUAAACAUUUAACAAAAAGUAUUAUGUUUGAUCGAGCUGAAACAUUAUUACAUGUAGAUUAUGGUGGUUAUAAUUAUUGGCGAGCAAGACGUAGUAUGAGAUAUGCAACACACUUAAUAGAUCUUGGCAAUCGUUUUCGUGCUGAUUAUUUAAAUUCAACGGAUGUAAAUGAUCGUACUGUACUUAUUGAUGAUUGGACUAAAAUGAAACGUCAUCAUGGUCAUGCAAUUGGUGGUCCUUAUCUUGGUAUUCAUCUUCGUCGUCUUGACUAUGUUAAAGCACGACCAGGACAUGUUCCAUCUCUUGAGCAUGCUGCUCGACAAGUGUGUUAUCAUCUAAAUCGUUUAAAUCUGUCAGUUGUUUUUAUUGCAACAGAUACCAAUGAAAAUGAAAUUAAUAUACUUCGUCAGCAUGCUUAUCGUAUAUGUAAUAUAUCAACCAAUCAAAUAUAUACUUAUAGACCAAAUGAAACAAUUUUAGAGAAAAUAUUAGAUGGCGGUAAAGCCAUUGUUGAUCAAUGGAUAUGUGCACAUGCACAUUAUUUUAUUGGUAGUUAUGAAUCAACAUUUAGUUUUCGAAUACAAGAAGAUAGAGAAAUAUUUGGUUUUGAAAAAGAUUUUACUUUUAAUCGAUUAUGUGGUGAUCAUGAAGGAGCCUAUUGGUUUUGGCUCAAGCCACGUGCACCUUCCUCCUCUAAAUUAAACGAUGUAAACGUUACGUUAAGAAACUUUAAAAUAGAUAAUGGCGCUGGAAAAGCAGCAGGAACAACUCACGAGGGUAGUUUUGUGGAUCGUAUGUUACACUCUAAUAAACAAAUGGUUGUGUUUUAUGGUUCACAAACGGGUACAGCAGAAGAUUUCGCACAACGUAUUGCUAAACAAGCUAAACGUUAUGGCAUAUCUGCAGCUGUUUGUGAUCCAGAAGAAUGUGACAUGGAAGAAUUACAACGUUUAAUAACGAUUGAUAAACAUUUAGCUUUAUUUUGUUUGGCAACAUAUGGUGAAGGUGAUCCAACAGAUAAUGCUCAAGAAUUUUAUGAAUGGUUGCGUGAAGAUGGACGAGAUUUGAAUAAUUUACAUUAUGCUGUAUUCGGUCUUGGUAAUAAAACAUAUGAACAUUAUAAUGCUGUCGGAAAAUAUGUUGAUAAACGUUUGACUGAAUUGGGUGGUGUUCGUGUAUGUGAAUUAGGUCUUGGUGAUGAUGAUGGAAAUAUUGAAGAUGAUUUUAUGGCAUGGGCAACUGUAUUUUGGCAAAGUGUUUGUCAAAAAUAUGAGCUUGUUAUAAAUUCUGAUGGAAGCUCAAUGAAACAAUAUAAAAUUGUUCAAGGACCAUUUCCACCUGAAACUGUUUUUACUGGUGAAAUUGGUCGAUUGAAAUCAUAUGAAAGACAAAAACCACCAUUUGAUAUUCGUAAUCCAUAUUUAGCACCAGUUGUUGGUAGUCGUGAAUUAUUUCAAAAUGGUUGUGCUCGUUCUUGUUUGCAUCUAGAAUUGGAUAUAUCAAAUACACGUAUAAAAUAUGAAGCCGGUGAUCAUGUUGCUGUAUUUCCAUCAAAUGAUGAUUCUUUAGUUAAUCGUAUUGGUGAAUUACUCAAUGUUAAUCUCGAUGAAGUUAUUUCACUUGUUAACGUCGAUGAGGAUGCCCAAAAGAAAAAUCCAUUUCCAUGUCCAUGCAGUUAUCGUACGGCAUUAACAUAUUAUUUAGAUUUAACAAGUAUGCCAAAUACACAAAUACUUAAAGAAAUAGCACAAUAUGCAACAGAUGAAAAUGAAAAAGCUCUAUUAACAUUAAUGGGUUCAUAUAGUGAAGAAGGAAAAAUUAAAUAUAAAGAAUGGGUUCUUGACAGUUGUCGUUCAAUAAUUGCUAUUCUUGAAGAUUUACCAUCAUUAAAACCUCCCCUUGAUCAUCUUUGUGAAUUAUUACCACGUUUACAUCCACGUUAUUAUUCAAUAUCAUCAUCACCAAGAGUUCAUCCAACAUGUGUUCAUAUAACAGCCGUUAUUGUUCAUUUUGAAACACCAACAAAACGUAUUGCAAAAGGCGUUGCAACAAAUUGUUUUAAAGAAUUAUAUAUUCGACAUCAAGCAUUAGGUUUUGCUCCACAUAAUGAAGAAAAUCAUUGUCAUGUACCUGGUCGGUUUCCAAUUUAUAUACGUAAAUCAACAUUUCGUUUACCAUUUAAAUUUCAAAUACCAGUUAUUAUGAUUGGUCCUGGAACGGGUUUAGCACCAUUUCGUGGAUUUAUACAAGAACGUCAUUAUUAUAAAACUCAAGGCAAACCAGUUGGUGAAACAAUUCUUUAUUAUGGUUGUCGAAAUCGAGCUGAAGAUUAUUUAUAUGAAGAAGAAUUAAAUUAUUUUAUCAAUGAAAACGUACUUGAAUUACAUGUAGCUUUUUCACGUGAUCAAGAAGAAAAAAUUUAUGUAACACAUUUAUUAAAAGAUCACGGACAAAGAAUAUGGAAAUUGAUUAAAGAAGAUAAUGCUUCAAUAUAUGUUUGCGGUGAUGCUAAAAAUAUGGCUAGAGAUGUGCAUUCUAUAUUAAUAGAUAUUGCUCAAACAUAUGGUAAUAUGACAUCAGAAAAAGCAGGUACAUUCAUUAAAGAGCUAACACAAAAAGGACGAUAUUCACAAGAUGUAUGGAGUUAA